AUUUUUGGUUCAUCUGCGGUCGGUUACGUGGUUUGGGCUAGGUGGAUUGGGUUGGGUCCGGUGGAUUUAGGCUUUUUGGCUGGUAAAAGAAUUGACAAAAGGAAUCAUUCAGAAAGUCUAGGAUGGAAAGUAGCAAUAACCAUCGAAAAAAAAGGCAGAGAAGCAAUCCACAGUUCAUUAAGUGUAAAGAAUGUUUUCCAGACAAAUUUUAAUUACUUAAGCUCCGAUGCAUCAACCUCGAAUGAUAGUGAACUGGCUUUACAGCAAACAGUUUUCUAA